AUGAGCUGCCGCUACAUUCAAUUGGGUAUACUUCAAAUUGAAAACUUAUAUAGAAAGAGUGCGUGUUUGGCAGGGCUGUCGUCCAAAGUGGUUGUGGUGGAAGGAAAAUUCAACGAGCAUCUUGACAUAGCAAAGCAACUUCUGGAGGAGAUGAAUGCCCCUUACUUUGAUUUCGUUUUUCUCGACCACUGGAAAGAGUGCUACAUGCCAGACUAUCUUCUACUGAAGGAAAAUGGUAUGCUGGGCAUUAGCAGCGGAAUAUGUGCAGACAACACGGGGGCCAUGGGGGGACCUGCCGACUUUAGGAAAUAUGUGAAAAUGCAUCCGGAAGAACUUGAAACUUGUGAAUAUAAGAACAAUGUAGAGUACCAGCGUCACUGUCUCUUCCUUAAACUAUCCACUCAGUACUAG